AUCAUCACCACAUACCAUAAAAUUUCAGCAUCCCCCACUACUUGAAAGAUAACACAUCCCACCACCUAACCCGCCACCACCGUUCCCUCCUCCUUACAUCUAUGGUAAUUUCUUCCGUCUCCCCUUUGACCUCCACUCGCUUCGCACCCCACUUUUUCCUCUUCCACCCCAAAUCCACACUGCCAGCUCCUCGCCGUCGCUCUUGCUGUCUUGGCAGACAAACUUCUUUCUCCGCUCACUCUGCCGCAUCAAGCGGCAAUAGUUCUCUAAUUUCGAGUUCUAUAAACCAGAAUCCACCGAGAAGUCUGUUUCCCGGCGGUUACAAGCGGCCGGAGAUCAAGGUACCAAAUCUAGUCCUUCGGUUGAGCUCCGAUGACGUGUUUAGGGAUGAUAAGGCGGUGCUUGACGUCAUUGACGAAGCUGUUUCUGAUAGAGUUGGAAUCGUAGUGCUUACUGGCGGCGAGGGCAGCGGCAAGAAGCUAUAUGAGGCGGCAUGUUUGCUGAAGUCGGUAAUUAGGGACCGUGCUUACUUGUUGAUUGAUGAGCGCGUAGAUAUUGCAGCUGCGGUUAAUGCCAGUGGCGUUUUACUGUCUGAUCAAGGUCUACCUACCAUCGUGGCAAGGAAUACAAUGAUGGAUGCAAAAACUGAUUCAGUGAUUCUUCCUUUGGUAGCACGAAAUGUCCAAACUCAUAAUGCUGCAUUAGAUGCUUCUAAUUCUGAGGGUGCUGAUUUUCUUAUUUAUACUAUUGAUGGAGAAGGUAGUCUAGAGAAGCUGCUGAGCUCUGUGUCUGGACGUGUAAAAAUUCCAAUUUUUGUCAUGGUUGAUUCUGUUACGGAUGGGACAUCGAUAUCUUCAGAUUUACAGAGAUCAGGAGUUAGUGGUGUAGUUGUUUCUGUGGAUGAAUUGAGCUCGUUGAGAGAAGAUGCUUUGAGCAACUUGUUUUACAGUGAGUAUGCAUCCUAUAAGAAAGUAGAUGGUGGUCGGCAGAGUUUCGACAAUCUCAAAGCUACAGAUACGGAGAAUGGCUUUCCUGGAAAGAAGAUGAUUGCUGGGUUUACCAGAUUGGAAGAGAGAGAACAACAGAUCAUAGCCAAGGAGAGGUCGAUUUUGCUUGAAGCUAUAGAUGUCAUCCAUAGAGCCACACCACUGAUGAAGGAUAUCUCACUUCUCAAAGAUGCUGUUUCUCAACUUGAUGACCCAUUUUUACUGGUUAUAGUGGGAGAGUUCAACUCUGGAAAGUCGAGUGUCAUCAAUGCUUUUCUUGGGCAAAGAUACUUAAAGGAUGGGGUGGUUCCUACAACUAAUGAGAUCACCUUUCUACGCUAUUCUGAAUCAGAGUUUAGCGAGCAACGGUGUGAAAGGCAUCCUGAUGGUCAAUACAUAUGCUACAUACCUGCUCCAAUUCUAAAAGAAAUGAUAAUAGUUGAUACUCCUGGGACAAAUGUGAUUCUUCAAAGGCAGCAACAGCUCACCGAGGAAUUUGUUCCUCGUGCAGAUUUGCUUCUUUUUGUUAUGUCUGCGGAUCGACCACUGACUGAAAGUGAGGUUGCUUUUCUUCGAUAUAUUCAACAAUGGAGGAAGAAAAUAGUUUUCGUGCUGAACAAGUCUGACCUGUAUCAAAAUCCUGAGGAGCUUGAUGAAGCUAUUGCGUUCAUCAAGGAAAACACUCGAAAGAUGUUGAAUGCUGAAGAUGUCACCUUGUAUCCUGUAUCUGCACGGAGUGCUCUUGAAGCAAAGCUUUCGUCCUUUACCGUUCUGGAAAAGCAAGAACAACCCUCAAAUACUUCAUAUCUUGGAGCCAACAACUUUUCUCGUCUUGAAAAGUAUCUGUAUAGCUUUUUGGAUGCAUCCACAAAUAAUGGGAUCGAAAGAAUAAGGCUUAAGCUGGAAACUCCAGUUAAGAUUGCUGAACGGUUGCUUUCUGCUUGUCAAAAGCUUGUUAGGGAGGAAUGUCAGCAAGCAGAGCGGGACUUGGUGUUGGUAAAUGAUCUCCUAAGCAGUGUAAAAGAGCAUGCGGUGAAGAUGGAAAGUGAGAGCAUUUCUUGGAAGAGAAGAAUUUUGUCUCUGAUUGACAAUGUGCAAGGACGUGCAGUCAAACUGGCAGAAUCUACUCUGCAAUUAUCAAAUCUCGACCUUGUCACUUCAUAUGUUCUCAGAGGAAAUAAAUCUGUCCAAAUUCCAGUGACCUCAAGUCUGCGAAAUGAAGUAAUUGACCCUGCUGUCUCGGAAGCUCAAAAACUGCUUCGCGAAUAUGCUGUGUGGUUAGAAUCAAACAAUGCUCGCAAAGGAGAUAUGUACAAGGACUCAUUUGAGAAAAGAUGGCCUUCAGUUGUUCCAUCUAUCCAGUCUCAGUCGGAGGCCAGUCAAGUGCUAAGAACAAAGCAUCAAUUAGGUAUAACAGUUAUUGAGGAUUUUAGUGCUGCUGCUGCUUCUAAACUGUUCGACCAAGAGAUUCGUGAAGUGCUCUUGGGUACUUUUGGUGGAUUGGGGGCAGCUGGUCUAUCUGCAUCACUUUUGACAUCUAUCCUGCCUACCACUUUAGAAGAUCUCCUUGCUCUAGGCCUUUGCUCUGCAGGCGGUUUGUUGGCAAUUUCAAAUUUCUCGGCACGGAGGCAGCAGGUGGUGAGUAAAGUGAGAAGAACUGCUGAUGCCUUGGCUCGCCAGGUCGAAGAAGCAAUGCAAAAGGACCUCCUGGAUGCUACUGACAGUUUAAAUAACUUUGUAAUACUCAUUGGCAAACCAUAUCAAGAAACAGCUCAAGAUCGAGUGAAUAAACUUCUGGGCACUCUAGAUGAAUUAACAGCUAUUGAGGAACAACUCGAAACAUUACAAAUUGAGAUCCAGAAUCUUCAUGUAUCAAGGUAGCAACAAACCUCUGUUUCUCAUCCAGUAACCUGCCUUCCCACGCUGUUCCUGAGAAGAGAGUUAAGUGUUGCAAGAGUUGUAUUUUGUGUUCUAUGGUGGUAUGGGUCUGCCGGGGAAAUAAGUUAUUGUGAUUUGUGUGUAGAGGGAGUUUUGUACACAAAACUUUCUUAUGAUUCUUUUGCGGGUUGUUGUCUUUUUUACUUAAGCAAAAUAUGAGCUAUAGGUCGGUUUUUAAGAACUCCAACCAGCCGAAAAAGAUUCUAGUAUUGAAUUAUAGUAAUCAUGUAUGAAUAUCUUUAGAAAUUUCAUAUUAUUAUCUCAAGUACCACCCGAAAAUGAGGUUUGGCAACUGGUGGAUACAUGUACAUGUGCGAUGAUGUUUUGUCUUGUCAUUAUUAGUUAUAAUGUUCAUGAGAUCUCA